AUGUCUUUUCAUGGCUCUCUCAAGUAUUAUGUUCUCAUAUUUUGCGGGUUACUCGUGUCUAUAAGCAUUCUAUAUACCUCUUUCUUUCCAGUCUUUGGUGCCCUCUUCUCUGAUACCCACGCCGAGUCCAAUUCUCAAGAUCUUUUGUCGCUUUCAGAUGCCAUCUCAAAUGUUGAAUUUUUAAGAAGAGAUGACUUUUCAUGUUCCGUCUCCAAACCUUGUCCGAAUGGAGCUUGCUGUGGAGGUGCAUUUGAGCCUUUAUUCUGCGGCUAUGGCGAUACAUACUGUGGCGAUACCUGUGUAUCCAACUGCAGUACUGUGGCCGAAUGUGGCAAAGAUGCAAAGGUAGCUGGGGCUACAUGUCCAUUGAACAUCUGUUGUAGAUUUUGCGGUACCUCUUCGGAUUUCUGCGAUGUUUCUUCAUGUCAAAGCAACUGCGGUACACCCUCGCUUCCUGAUGGAGGAAGCUCAUUUGAUGUUCGAAAUAACGUCAUUGGAUAUUACGAGUCAUGGUCUGCAUCCCGUGCCUGUCACUUGUUUCCUCCGAAUGCAAUUCCAGUCGAUGGACUUCAGCGUGUCAAUUUUGCCUUCGCCUAUAUUGACCCAAACACUCUCGAAGUAACAACGAUGGACAGCACGAUCAACGAAGAUCUAUUCAAGCAAGUUGCAGAUGUAAAAAGUUCGACGUCUGGGAAUGCUGCUUUGGAGGUGUAUGUUUCAAUCGGGGGUUGGGCUUUUAGCGAUGAUCAAACUGCUACACAGCCACUAUUUCCUAACAUUGCUGCGAAUGCAGAAAACCGAACACUGUUUGCUCAAAAUGUCUUGCAGUUUCUAACGAAUUAUGGAUUCGAUGGCGUCGAUUUAGACUGGGAAUAUCCAGGAGCAGAAGAUCGUGGUGGCAGUGAUACCGAUGUGCAAAGCUAUCCCCUGCUUGUCAAGCAAUUACGAGAAACUUUCGAUAACAGCCCAAAAGGAGAUAGUCUCGGCAUAACCUUUACAAUUCCCUCCUCGUACUGGUACCUUCGGUGGUUCGAUCGUCCGAAAAUGCUACCGUAUGUUACCUCGAUUAACAUGAUGACCUAUGAUUUACAUGGGGCUUGGGAUAGUCACAAUCACAUUGGAAGUAUUGUGCAGGCCCACACAAAUCUCACCGAGAUUAAGCUCGCGAUGGAACUUUUAUGGAGAAACAAUAUCCCACCUGAAAAGGUUGUUUUGGGGCUUGGAUUUUAUGGCAGAGCUUUCACACUAUCCAGUACUAACUGCCAGACCCCUGGAUGUCUGUUUUCUGGCGCAUCUGAUAAGGGUCCUUGUACUGGAGAGGGAGGAAUCUUAGGAUAUUUUGAGAUCCAAGACAUUCUCAAUGACCCGAAUCAGAAAAUUGACGUUAAAUAUGAUGAGGCUGCUGCGAUCAAUUAUUUCACUUACAAUACCGAUCAAUGGAUUUCUUAUGAUAACGAAACAACAUUCAAACAAAAAGUUGAAUAUGCCAACAGCAUUGGACUUGGUGGGCUUUUGAUAUGGGCUAUCGACAUGGAUGACAAUAAUUUUUCGGCACUCUCUGGAUUACUUGGCCGUGAAAACCUUGGCUCCAUCAGCUCCAAAGCUCUUGAAGAUCAGGCUAUAGUUGACACUUCAGAUUGGGCAUCCCAGAACGGCCAGAAAUGCUAUAUGGGUACAUGCGGAGGUGGAUGUCUUCUUGGAAAGGAGGUCGAGAUUAGCCGAGCCAAUAGUUGUAGCGGAGGUAAACCAAUAUGCUGUCCAAUUGAUGCUGCACCUUCUUGUACUUGGAGAGGGGGAGAGAGUGGACGGAGCUGUCAUGGAACUUGCCAUACUGGUGAAGUUACUUUAUUCUAUGAUAAUUAUGGAAUAGAUGGCCCGAAAUGCUUCAGUCCGGGGCAAAAGGUGUUUUGCUGUAAGACAACAACUUAUACAGAGGUAAUAGAGUCAUGCAAAUAUGCAGGAUGCGGCAAAGAUUGUGAUACCGGUUAUGAAUCAGUCGCUAGCAAAUAUGAUCCUUUGAUUUGUGCAUUUGAUCAGGGAGGUUCAGGUCCACAAGACCGAAAGCUUUGCUGUCCGACUAACCCGCAUAUUAGCGGAUGUCAUUGGGUAGGUAAAGGUGGCUGUGACCAGAAUAAUUGCGAUGAUAAUGAUAUACAGCUUGACUUAGAUGACUACGGAGAUUCUCACAAGCUUUGUUCACUUUCAGGACGUUCUAAAUCAUUGUGCUGUAAUGCUCCGACCAGCGAUAGUCCAUUUCUCCCCGUGGCACUGGAUAGAAUAUUUCCAACACUACCCGAGAAAGUAGAUGUACCGAAAUGGGACUUGCAAGCCUUGGGGUUGCCUAUGAAUAUAGGACCCGGUGCAGGUGGUGUCGAUAAUCAAGGAUUUGGAUUUGUACUUAUUGAUGGCCCUAGUGGUGUGGUGACUACUAUGAGCAAACGAGAUGGCUCGGAUUAUGUUUUUUUGGGCUGUCCCGUAGGGAAAAGCCGACAAAACGUACGGAUUUUCUGUAAUUCUAACAGUCUCCCAUCUAACUGUCAUGAAUUACUCGAAGGUGGAGUCGAUGGAACCAUUAUCAAGCUACCAGAAGGCUGUGGUCCGGGAACAUAUGCUGUUGCUCACAGUCUGUCCUUAUCCGAUAAUCAGAAGCUUCCUUCAAUCUAUACAGGCGCAGCGAAUCGGACAGUAUCAGAUCUAGAAAUCAGCUAUGACUUCGGUCUUGUUAAAAGAGAUGCUGGGGAUGUCUACAUACGUAUUGACUACAGCAAUCUCGAAAGUUAUUGGAACACGGUCGUCAACAGUGCUGGCGAGUCGAAAAAAAGAUCUACUGAUGAUAUUUCGAAGAGAUUUUUUAGUCCAAAUGCAACAUCAUGGAAAUCUAGAUUUGAUGAUGUUCGAAGUGAAGCAUCAGGUGACCUCGACCACACUCUUUUCGCAAAAGCCUUCACAUCUCCACUAUACAGUAGCAGUAAGAGCUGUGAAGGUGAGGAUGACAACUAUGCCUCCAUCGGUUUCAGUGGAAAUGUCUCAUCAAAAACAAGAUUUGGUUAUAGUUUUGUUGGUACCAUUGUCCCGUUCAACAUUGUACAGGCCUAUGGUUUCUCAGAGAGCGAGAUUGAAGUAAUCGCUAUGCUUGACAUCCAAGUAUAUGGUGGACUGAAGCUUCCUAAUACCCGAGCAAAUGUAUUCCCUAGUCCAGUGACCUCCAAGGAAUUCAGCGUACCCGGCCUCAUUCACAUAAAGCCUAGUCUGCAGAUUGUCGCUACACUAAAUGCUAAUAUUGAGAUGGCAGCCGACUUUGAGGUAUUCUUCAAUACAUCAACACCGACCCCAAUCACGCAAUACUAUCCUUCCUCUUUGGGGACUGCUAAUGGUAGCUCUGAAAUGCAGGCUAUGCUAUUAGGCGAUGGAUUCUCGGAUUCAACGGCUGGCACGGCUAGAUUUGGGUUUAUGCCUACUAUGCAAUUGGACAUUACAAUCGAUUCAUACAGCACGGGCAAAGUAGAGAUACAUGAGAAAAUUAGUGCAUUUCACGAUGCCUUUGUGGCCAUUACAUCCGACGACAAGAACUGCCCUUCCUUGCAAGCAGGUAUUAGUGGUGCUCAAAUUAGCCUGGAAAGUGUCGCAGGUUCUUUUACGCCCUGGAGUGGUGAUGACACCUCUCAGCAAAUAUUGAGCCAUACAAAGUCUUCCGAUCUGCCGACGAUAUGUCCUAGAUCAUUCUCUGGAAAAUCCAUGAUAUCGCGAGAUUUCCCUAAUGAUGUGAUAAAAUACCCCGCUCCUUAUGUUUUUGGCAAUUAUUAUCUCAUCACAUGUGCUGUGGGGCUGGGUGCAGGAGAUUUAUUUAUUGGACCUCAACCAGGAGAUCCAGAGUUCUGUUCCACUUCCCCUGAAACGUUUCCAUAUUCCGGGAUAUUCGAUGACGAUGGCUCAGAACUGGAAUAUGAAGACCCGGAAGAUAUUGGGCCAGACUCGGGUAUUACUAGCCUAGGGUUCCGAUCUAUUGAGGAGAGAACCGCUUGGCGUCAGUUUCCAGCCUUUGCUAUUGGCUUCACAAAAGCGACAGUAAAGUCUGUAUCGUAUCCCAACUGGCAAAGAUUACUCAAGUACACCGCGUUCGUAUACCGCAAUUACGGGCAAGACUUCUCUAAAGCUGCGACACAAUGUGCAGUGCCGAUUUUGCUUAAUAAUUUACCACGUACCACAGAAACAGUUGUUGAGCAUGUAUUCGAACAACAAGUACUGGCCAAAUUUAUCUUUACGGCAUCGGGAAAUGUCAAGAAAUUCCCUUCUGGUUUGAUACCUACUCGCGCUAUAAUACCAACCGCUGCAUGGGAUGCAUUCGCAACGAUACAAGUUAAAAGUGUUAUCACGAGCGAAAUGGGAACAAUGAUGCAUCAUUUGUUCUCAGCUCUCGGUUCCUAUCGAUAUCCUGGCGCUCUGAGCUUGGUCCAUAGAGACCUGAAUGCGUUAAAGGGGCAGUUACACCGAACCAAUGUCCUGGAGUUUAUAGGCAAAGAUAAGUGGGAAGCGCUCAAUACAUCGCAACAGUUCAAAAAUUUGAUGAGGUUUAUGGCGACGUACGAUUAUAUGAACUUUCCAGACAACGAGGCCAUAUUACAAACAGUCUACCUGGUCCUUCUUGAGGAGUUAAUAAACUGGGAACGAAAUCUUGCUCUGGCCGAGGGUAUUUCGCAAUGGUUUAUAGAAUUUGUGGACGAUUUUUAUAAGACUAUGGAUCUAAAAGCAAGAAGCUUUGUUACGGACAAGACAACGAAGAUCAUUCAGAAAGCUGGCGGGCUCACUAGAUCGGCGCGGAUUCAGGAAGUAGCAGAGGCGAUACAGGCCCAAAUCCCUGGCACACUGAGAAGUUCAUGGAUGGAUUCUAUAGGCCAGAAACCAGGUGCUGAUCUUUUCUUAGGUCAAGUACCACAAGCCGGAUCUACAUGAAGGCUAGCGAGUAGACAAAAUAGAUAGAAGCAUUGGGUACUUAAGUAGAUCUUUCCUUAGACAGACGCUAAUCCGAAGCACGUUAUUCUUGACAUCAUAAAGUCGGCAUCUGGCCAAAUAAGAACACGCGAAUGUUAUUCUGUUAUUAAAAGUAACUAGAUCCGCUUCGUUUUCUCUUGACGAGGAUCUAAACAAUAUGAGCGUUAUUUUGUAACCAAGAGUACUUCGGAAUUGUAUUGGGAAAAUUGGCAUGAGAAAUAGGCCACCUUCACAAUGCUACCCAUUAAUAUAAUAGUGACCAACCCUGCUUCUCUUCGUUUUACCUUCCUAGGCCAACUUUGACCGCGCAAGUUUGUUACGACAACAGAGAUGAUUGACGACCUUGGCGAGAUCAAUACGUGGGAGCGUGAGAUGAAUACCUGGGAGCGUGAGAUGAAUACCUGGGAGCGUGAGAUGAAUAAGAAGAGGUUGAAAGAUGUUCGAGCUGAAGUCCGUGAUAUAAUGAGUAGUCAUUGGUUGUACAGCCCGCCGGGAAGUUGGGAAAUCAAGUCGGCUUAUGUCCCUCAUCUUGGAACGAUGAGGUAGGUUUUAAUUCAACGGUUGCAUUG